AUGUUCUACAACAAAACAUUUAAGGCAUCUUGCGAUCCAUGGUAUUUUCCGCCAAAAGGCUCUAGCUCUUGUACACCUAUUGCCGUGGAGAAAAAUGACGAUCCAACACCAGAAGAUAUUCUCGCUUUCAUUAUCUCCGCAAAUCUUCCUUGGUCGAUUAUCGAGAAUCCCUUUUUCCGUCGCCUCAUCGAAGGUCCAAGAAUGAAUAGAAACCUUCCUUUCGAGUCCCGACAGUCCGCCCAGGUCUAUACCCUUUCUCUUCUCGAUUCCUACACGAAGGAUUUAAAAGCCUCUCUUUCCUCGACAUGCCGUACAAUCGCAAUCUCUCUUGAUUGUUGGACAAGUCCAAAUGGCCUCACUUUUCUUGGAGUUAUUGGCCACUGGCUUACAGACAACUUUGAAUAUAAGCAACAUACGAUUGAGUUUACGGAGCUUCGAGGGCACCAUACUGGGGAACUUCUCGCGACCACUGUAUAUUCUCUUCUCGAGGAUUUCGGUCUCACAAAUAAACUGAUCUCAGUGACUAAUAACAAUGCUAUAAACAAUGAGAGUAUGGUUGCUUGUUUAACAGAGAAACUUAAGGGGGCUAAUAACCCUUUCUGGCAACCCUCUGAUGGUAUUGAGAAAUCAGCAUUUGACGGCGACCAUAGCAUGAUCCGUUGUUUUACUCAUAUUAUCAACCUAAUUCUCAAGGAGUUGCUAGGUGUCUUGAAGAUAGGUACAAUCGCUGAAGCAAAAGAUCUCCUCGAUGGGCCCUCUCUUCGUAUUCCUCGCUCAAUGAAUCCGCUUCAAAAAAUCCGUGUGAUUGCGAUCUGGGUCUCACGGAGCCCUCUUCAACGAUGUUCUUGGAAGGAAAUCUGUUUCAUCAAGGAACAGACUGAAAAGCUGAUUCCGACAGAUGUGGAGACUCGCUGGAACUCAACAUAUUAUAUGUUGGAAACUGCGUUAGAGAAGAAAGAGGUAGUGAAUAUCUUUGUUCGUCUUCAAGACGAGCUCAAAAUAGAACUUGGAGAAGAAUAA